GUCGCCGAGCUAAAGGGUGAGGAGGGAGGAGGUGAGGAGGGAAGCGGAAGACCGGGAUGGAAGGCUGCGGCUACGUCUUCAACUGCCUGCCCCCAUUCCAAGAAUAGGAAUAUCAGUCCGAUCCAUGUCGGAUCGAAUGGAAUUUAGCACGAGAGAAGGACGAGGGAGGAGAGGGAGAGGAGGGAGGCCAACCAACCACAACAAGGGCGGAGUGUGCGGGCGAGAGGGAAGAGCGGAAGCAGCUCUUGCAGUUGUUGGGGUGGGGAACAACAUCGGGAGGCUUGGCCAAGUUACGAGAUUUCUGACCCCCCCCCCUCUGGCGGUUGAUCUGAAUUGCCGUCUCCCUCCGCCCGCGCCAUUCGCGUCUUGUCCAUCUCAAUUAUACCUUCCGUGAACGACAGCGCUUUGCUGGGGGCAGAAGGUUCAGAGCAGGCAGACAAUGUCAGCUUCUGAGUUCAGGAUUCCGUACCAGCAAGUUUCUUCGUCACAGCCUGCUGAGAAUGCAGGUCAGUUCAAGGUCUGCAGGUGUGGGGAGGGAGACCCAAACUUUACAUCUGAAACUGGUGACAGCCCGCCCACCAGUUGUCCUAAUUGCCAGGUUCUCAAGAGUGGGCAUUUACUACUUUCAUCUAAAGGAAUUGGUUGGACAUCAUGGAAAAAACGCUGGUUUAUUCUUACAAGGGCAUCAUUAGUGUUCUUCAGAAGUGAUCCUGACAUCCCCCCUCCUAGAGGAGCUGAACCAAUUGUUACACUCGGUGGAAUUGACUUGAAUAACUCCGGAAGCGUUGUAGUCAAAGAAGAAAGGAAACUUUUGACAGUGUUAUUUCCUGAUGGCCCUGAUGGACGAACUUUCACUCUGAAGGCAGAAACCGCAGAAGACCUAAAUGACUGGAGAAGUGCAUUAGAGAAUGCUCUGGCACAGGCACCCAGUGCAGCAAAUACAGUGGGGAAAAAUCCGAUAUUCAGCACUGAUGUAGCAGAACCUGCUGAAGCUCCAGCUGAACAAUUGGAGGACAAUUCUGUUGUUGGCAAACCUGCAAAAUUUGCACUUGUGGAUCCCGAUGGCAGUCCAUCUUUCCUGGAGAAGGCACUGAAGUUUAUUGAAGAUUAUGGGGUCAAGGUAGAAGGAAUCCUGCGUCAGUCUGCUGAUGUUGAAGAAGUCAAACACAGACUUCGGGAUUAUGAAAAGGGAAAAAAUGAGUUCUCCCCAGAAGAGGAUGCACAUGUUAUCGGUGACUGCAUUAAGUAUAUUCUUCGAGAGAUGCCAUCGUCUGCAGUUCCUGCAGCAUGUUGCACUGCCCUGGUUGGAGCUUACAGAACUGACAAGACAAGAAGACUCGAUGAGAUAAAUAGAGUGAUAUAUGAAGUUUUUCCGGAACCAAAUCGACAAUUACUGCAGAGAAUCCUUAACAUGAUGCAGAUUGUUGGAUCACACAAAGCUGUGAAUAGGAUGUCUCAAUCUGCUUUGGCGGCUUGCAUGGCACCACUCCUUCUUCGACCUCUUCUUCUUGGUGAAUGUGAAAUCGAUAACGACUUUAGUAUGGGCGGGGAUGGUUCAUUCCAGCUGCUUCAGGCUGCUGCUGCUGCAAACCAUGCUCAAGCUAUUGUUAUUAUUAUGCUUGAGGAACAUGAUCAGAUAUUUGAUGACUUGGAAGAAGGCUCCUGUUCUUCAGAUGCUUAUACUGAAUCCGAGGACGAUGAUGUUGAUAAGGAAUAUUCCACGGAUAACAACGUCCAGGAUGAGGAUGGUUCUUAUGAUUCUGGUGAAGAUGACAUUGAAGAUGAGUUAGAUGACAAUAGUGAGCACUCUUCUGGUGGCAGUGAAUAUGGCAAUAACAUUAGAACUGAUGCCACGGACGAGAAGGUUAAAAACAGUAUUGUGGGCACUGCAGGUAAUGCCAAUAAUCAAGCUGUUCAGCCUACUAUUAAAGCAGCAAGAACAGAAAAUGUUGCAUCAAGGGAACACAUUGAUCAAAUUUCUUCUGUUCCGCUUGAUUCAUUUUCCAUGAAAGUUGUACAAUCAGAGGAUACCUCUCAAAUGGAGAUCAAUAAUGGAUCACAGCUGAAACAAGAAACAUAUGAAUCAAAUGAAUCCGAAGAUCAUAUAGUAAAAUCAAAUUCUCGUUCAUCAUCUUCCAGAGCAAGCAGCUCAGCAAAUAUGUGCAAAAGAACCCUAUGGGGCCGUACUUCAGCAAGAAAAGACCUGUCAACAGAGGAGAUUGACUGUUGCAGUGAUGAUGAGACCCUUAUUGAUAAACUUGAGAACAACAAGACUGAUCUCCAAUCUAAAAUUACAAAGGAGGUCAAAGAAAACGGAAUCCUCCAGGCAAGUCUAGAAAGGCGAAAAGAAGAAUUACAUGAGCGCCGUUUAGCACUUGAAAAAGAAGUAAGAACUAAUGGCUGGAUUUUUUUAUUCUACAUAGGAAAAUCCAGGUGGAAAGUUUGCGAGACCAGCUGCAGAAGGAGAGAAAUUUGAGGGCCUCCUUGGAGUCUGGGCUGAUGAACAUGUGAAGAGGGCAAGUGUCCUUGCCGUCAACAAUAGACAGCAAGACUAAGGCUGAUCUUGAGGAAGUUGCGACUGCUGAAUCUGAUAUUAUGAGCUUGAAGCAAAAGGCUUCUGAUCUUCGUGGACAGGUCAACAACCAGCAGCUGUGCUCCACCUCAUUAUGUGAAUCAUGCAGCAAACGGCUCCUAAAUACAGACAAGCUUGCCGAAUACGAAGGAAAUGCUGCACUUUCCCCAGAGAUUAGCUCCGAUUCUUUAUGGAACAUGGCAGAUAUUGAGCAAUCAAAGAAGCAAACCUCACAACAUCCACCUUCAACUGACAACAAGCAGCAACAAAGCGCAAAUGCAAGCUCAAGUGGUGUCACAUCUAAUGAGCCGCUGAGGACGAUCAGCCAGAGGGCUCAAAGAAUGCUGCCUUCAAAAGGAGGGGAGACUGGCAAGGAUGGCCAAGGGGGGUCAUCAUCUACGUCACGGUGGAAUUUUGCACAGAGACAAUACUCUAAUAGCCCACUGAUGAGAGGGCUUGAGGGAGCCAGUGCUUAUUCAAGUACUAAACUGGAGGAAUCUGGAAGCACGCCAGCAGCGUCUGCGUUAGCCAAGCUGACGAGCCGGCUCAACUUUCUGAAAGAGAGAAGGGCGCUGCUUGCAAGUGAGAUGCAGAGCUUGGAUUUGGGCCGGCCGGCGCCCCAAGCUGCCGCAGGAGCAGGAGCAGGAGCAGCUCCACCUCCCAAAAGAGAUCCCAGAUGAAUGGAACAUGCAUAUUCAUCGUGUCGUGUCGUGAUACAUAUUGAUCAUCAAUCAUAUUGCUGUUGAUUGGGACUACUUGGAAGAAGAGGAUUGAUAGAGUUUACGUUAAUUAGUUGUUCAAA